GUCCAGCCUCACGUAUACCAUGGCGCCCAAAGACGACGACUUCGUGUUCACGAUCGACGACGACGACGUCAUAUCCGACGAUGGCGGCGCUGAAGACCUCCAGGAGGUCGCAAAAUUGGCUGGAAAAGGUCAAAAACGCAAAUACACAGAAGAUCCCGAUCUGCACGUCCAGCCCAAGGGUAUAGUGUCCAAGAAGGCCAAGAAGGAGAAGAAGAAGGGCAAGAAGACGAAGCAGGCGACUCCAGAGGUUGAAGAAAAGGAGGAAGCAGAAAUGAUCAAGCCUGGAGAGGAUGUGGACGGCAACGACGAUGUUGCUUCAGAUUUUGAAUUUGCGGUCGGCGACAUAGAUACCGGCGUCGUGGAUGAUUUUGAUGGGUGGGGCUUGAGCGCCGAGAAGCAAGAAGCUGCUGCGAGGACCUCCACGGCUGUGGAUGUGGACGAGAUUAUCGAGAGGCGGCGGAAUAAGAAGAACAAUGCUGCCAAGCGGGCGCAGGAGGAAGCCGCUGAAUCUGAUGCGGAGGAGGAGGCAGACUUCACAGGGUUUGGGGACGACGACGAACUAUUGGCAGACGACGCUUUUGGCAUGGGCGCCGGCAGCGACAGUGAGUCGGAGGCUGAAGAGGAGGAGGAUGAUGAUGAUGAGGAGGAGGAGGACAAUGAACACUCAGAAGCUGAAGCUAGCGCUGCCGAGGACGACGAAGCUGAGCAGCAGGACUCCGACGCUGAGUCUGUCGCAUCAGACGUAGCACAUCCCGACGACGCAGUACAAUCGGAAGACGAGGAUGUGAGCGACAAAGAGGACGCGGAAGAAGCAAAGAAGGCGGCAGCUUUCUUCGCACCUGAAGAGAGCGUGCCAGUCAAGAAGGGCAAGAAGGGUGGCAAACUCACAGGAUCAUUCCAGUCUAUGUCGCUAUCUAGGCCCAUUCUUCGCGGUCUGGCUGCUGUAGGCUUCACAGAGCCAACGCCCAUCCAGUUGAAGACUAUCCCGAUCGCUGUCGCUGGCAAAGAUUUGGUCGGAGGAGCUGAGACUGGUUCCGGUAAAACGGCCGCCUUCCUCAUCCCCAUCCUCGAGCGUCUCCUCUACCGACCGAAGAAAGUACCGACCACCCGCGUUGCCAUUCUCAUGCCUACCCGUGAAUUGGCUGUCCAGUGUUUCAACGUGGCAACCAAGCUGGCUUCGUUUACCGACAUCACCUUUGCGCAGAUGGUCGGUGGUUUCUCUAUGCGCGAGCAGGAGGCUGUGCUCAAGACAAGACCAGAUGUAGUUAUUGCGACGCCAGGUCGUUUCAUUGAUCACAUGACAAACUCGGCUUCUUUCCAGGUCGAGCAUCUUGAGAUCCUUGUCCUCGACGAGGCCGAUCGCAUGCUCGAGGAAGGAUUCGAAAGCCAGUUGAACGAGAUUCUUACCACGAUCCCUAAGUCGAGGCAGACCAUGUUGUUCUCCGCUACAAUGACCAGCUCAGUCGACAAGUUGGUGCGCGUUGGUAUGGACAAGCCUGUACGACUGAUGGUUGAUGCCAAGAAGCAGACCGUUGCAGGUUUGACGCAAGAGUUCAUUCGUCUGAGGUUAGGCAAGGAGGACAGGCGUCUGGCGUACCUCAUGUACCUGUGCGAUAAGGUUUACACCGAGCGCGUCAUCAUAUUCUUUAGGCAAAAGAAGGAAGCUCACAGAGUCCGAGUCGUAUUCGCUUUGUGCGGAAAGAAGGCGAGCGAAUUGCACGGUAACAUGAGCCAGGAACAGCGUAUUCAAGCUGUGGAGGCUUUCCGUUCAGGAGCGUCGUCUUACCUGCUCGCCACCGAUGUUGCCUCCCGUGGUCUCGAUAUCAAGAAUGUCGCAACAGUCAUCAACUACGAAGCACCUCAAAGCCACGAGAUCUACCUUCAUCGUGUCGGUCGUACCGCUCGUGCUGGACGAAGUGGUCGCGCGUGCACACUCGCUGCCGAGCCGGACCGCAAGGUCGUCAAGCAAGCAGUCAAGGCCAGCCGCGAACAAGGUGCCAAGGUCGUCAGCCGACAGGUUCCAGCUGAGGAGGCGGACAAGUGGAUCACGAAGAUCAAGGACCUCGAAGACGAGAUCGAGGAGGUCCUCAAAGAAGAGAAGGAGGAGCGUGUGCUGAGCAUAACAGAGCGCGAUCUCAAGCGUGGCGAGAACCUGAUCAUGCACGAAGACGAGAUCAAGUCCAGACCAAGACGCACAUGGUUUGAAACGGAGAAGGAGAAGGCUGCAGAGAGGGAAAAGGGUGCGCAAGCACUUAACAACCCCUCAGGCGGCUCGGUCAAGAGCAAACCGAAGAAGCUCAGUCACAAGGAUAAGAAGAAGCUGGAGGCUAGGGACGAUCGUCUGGAAGGAAAGCAGUGGAAGAAAGGCAAGGCAGACCGAGGUAUGACAACAGCGAAGUCGAAGGAGAAGAACGCGCAUAUCAAGGCGAAGACCAAGAAGGCAGUUCACGGCAAGAGGAAGCUCUGAGCGGCCAUGAGUAGUUGAACGCCUCCAGCCUAUGCUUCAGUCGUACGGUAGGAGUUCUUUCCAAUCAGAUGUUGCGGGCACUAGGUAGCGCACCAAGCGGUUAUAGUUGCUGGAUCUGCAGCCUGACAGUUGGUGUACGACG